AUGUCUACUCCCAACACCUUCCGCGAAUACCGUCUUCCUGAGGUUGGUAUCCACAACCUAACGCUGAGAGAGGCAGCGACUUCCCCUAUCAACGCAUCGGAGGUCCUCGUGAAGGUCCAUUCCGUAUCGCUGCAAUCUCACUCAGCUCGUCAGUAUCGUGACCUCCUCGUUUCGAGGGGUCAGUAUCCCCUCGGACAGAAAGACAAUGUUAUUCCCUGUUCCGACAUGGCCGGUGAAAUCGUCGCUGUGGGUAACGACGUCAAGGGCUGGAAGAUCGGCGACCGUGUUUGCUCCAACUUCGCUGUGGAUCACAUCUUCGGCGACGUGACUGACGAGAUUAAACUCACUGGUCUUGGCGGCCCUAUUGACGGCGUCCUGACAGAGUAUAAGACGUUUCCAGCACAUUCGCUCGUGCUUAUCCCCGAACAUUUGUCAUACGAGGAAGCGUCAACCUUGCCCUGCGCAGCCCUCACUGCGUACAAUGCGCUAUCGGGUCCGAUCCCUCUCAAGGGCGGUGACUAUCUUUUAGUUCAGGGCACGGGCGGCGUCUCGAUCUUCGGCCUGCAGCUCGCCAUCGCAUCAGGCGCGAGCGUCAUCGUGACGUCUUCGUCAGAUGAGAAGUUGAAGAUUGCGAAGAAGCUCGGCGCGAAGCACCUGAUCAACUACAAGAAGACGCCAGACUGGGAGAAGGAAGUCUUGAAGAUUACGAAUGGCAGAGGCGUCGACCAUGUCAUCGAAGUCGGUGGCGCAGCUACUAUUCAAAAGUCCAUCGCAUCUGUGCGAUAUGGGGGCUCAGUUCACGUUGUAGGACACAUUGCACCUGACGGGUCGGUAGAUCUCGUCCAUCUGCCGAUUGCACUUCUUAUUAGAACUGCCAACCUUCGCGGCAUCUUGAUUGGCUCGCGGACACAGUUCGAAGACAUGAACAGGCUUAUCACCGCAAAUGGCAUUAAACCCCUCGUCGACAAAGUUUUCAAGUUCGAGGAGGCGCGUGAAGCGUAUAAAUACCUUGAGAGCCAGAAGCACGUGGGGAAGGUUGUCAUCAAAGUCUCGAAGGAAUGA